AAAAGGUGAAAAGGAAGCUGAAGUGAAACUGCAGGUUUCUCGCCUGUUGUUUAGACUUCACCAGAAACUGUUGUGUGUCGGAGACGCUGAGCCGGAGCGCACACGCUUUAAACUCCUGGGAUGUCAGAGAGCAAGGACGACCACCUGUGGGACACGUGUGUGGGUUCAGAGGACGAAGGCAGGAGGAUGAAGAGGCGAGAGAAAAACAGAGUUGCAGCUCAGAAGAGUCGCAAGAGACAAACACAGAGAGCCGACCUGCUGCAUGAGGCCUGUGAGCUGCUGGAGCAGAGGAACCAGAAGCUGAGGACCGAGGUGGAUUCUCUGUCCGAGGAGCAGCGACUCCUGACUGAAGCUCUCUCCGCCCACGAGUCACAGUGUCCCAUGAUGCACUGCUUCUUCUCCUCGUCCAGCCUGCAGCCUGACAACAUGGCCACCUGUUCAGUCUAAGGUCAGGGGGUCACGUCUCUGACCUCUGACCUCUGUAUCAUCUCUACAGCUGUAAUCCACCGUGUGAUGCUACAACACAACUCCAGAGGGCAGUGUUCACUAUGAUCAGACACAAAGUGUCAGAUUUCAUAAUGGCAGUGAAGAGCGCCCCCCGGUGGCCACACUGUACAUUACCAUCACUGUGGUUCCACUCCUCUUUCAGGGGAAAAAUUAAAUAAUAGUUAUAAUAAUAGUAUGCAUAUUGUCCCUUCACAUAUGAAGACUGAAUUAUUCUGUUCCGUUUUAAAAAACUUAUUUUGGGUUUGUGACUGCACAACUUUUAUUUUAUGUUUUUAUUUCAUUUUAGAGUCCGAUGCACGUUUCCUCUGUUGUGUUAAAAUAAAAGAGAUUGUGUGAUGUGAUGAUCUGAGGUGUAAAAUCUGUUCAGUUAAAAGGUUAUGAAAUAAUAUCUUAUCUCUCUACAAUAGUAUUACACAAUAGCUUAU